AUGGAUUUAAGCCUUGCUAUAGGUACUAACCUUUUCUUAGGAAUCAGCGCAUCUAUGAUUCUUUCCAAGCCAGAUCAAAGUAAAAUAAUCUAUGGCACGCUUAUCGGCAUAAAUUUUGCUCUAUUUACAAUGAAGCUUUGGGAACCGAGCUCUGAGUAUAUUUUUUUGACUCCCCAUCUCCUUGAACUAAUUUCACAACUGCUAAUUUUGGUGACUUUACCUUUGUGCUUUGCCCAGAAUCAUUCCUGACAUCAACUUAUUUUCUAUUUAAGUGUUUUGACAUCAGGGAUUGGUAGCAUGAUUGGAUACUCACUGGCAAUUAAACAUGGGUUUCUACCUAUUUUAGCAUCAGUGCUGGAUAAAAUUGCCUUAGGCUUGACUUUUAUAGGCCUUUGUGUGAUAAAUGUGAUCGUUGCGUAUGGAUUUUCUCAAAUUUCAAAUUUACUUAUAUAUCCUUUUUAUGAAAAUAUUAUGGAGCAGCAUUCUCUAGAGAGUGCUUUGAUUUCGAUCAAUAACAACAUCAAGAAUAUUUCAUAUCAAUAUACAUACAGAGGCCUUAAUCCUCCUAAACAAGUUAAACUCGCAUUAAACGUUCUCAAUAUUGAAAAAGAAGAUAUUGAAGGGAAAAUUGUGAAGUCUUGCAAAAGAGAUUUAAAAUGGUGGCUGGAGAGUUCAAUAUCUGUAUUUUGUGGAUGCCUAGGGAUUGUCCUUUCUUUAGCUAUUAUUUCUGGUCUUCUGGUGGUCUUGAUUGAGCAAACAAUUUUAUCAGAAUGCAAAUGGUCUUGUGGCUUUGCAGCAUUUACAAGAACUAAUCUUAAUCUUAAUUAAUAUUAGAAGGCGUCUGCCGUUUUGAUUGCGCAGUCACCAAGGACCCCUUUUUCGGGGUUCACCUGCUUUGCAGCGUAGUCCAAGCAGCCAUAAAGACUGCCAAGAGGACAUACGUCUACUCCUUCCCACAGCGUGCUGCGGCUUAAGUGUUAAGUGGGCGGGCUAUGGACUUCUGCGGCUUGCUGCUUGAGUUGACGAGAGUUGGCUCUCCGAAAUUCCAAAAAAAAUGGAAUUUCUGGUCACCUUUCGGCAAAAAGGGAAAUUCCAAGUCCUGGGACGUUAUGCCCAGUUUCACGCUAGGUAGUUGCCCGAAUGGUCUAGGCGUUGCCUGUAGACUCUGCUGGUCUUACCCUUUCCAAACUUAGACUCCCUUUCCUCUCGGGGAUAAAAUCCUUUCUGGUGGUUGGACAUGCUCCAGGCUCUGCUCUGCAGAAUUGCUUACCAUGGCUUUGUUGCCCAUUUUCUGAAUGGCAAAACCUUUGCCGGAUAUAAUUAAAAUAUGAGUAGAGUAUGUAUGGCCGGGAGGCCAUACCCAGACGAAGACGCCCAUAUUUUAAUUUUACAAGAACUAAUCAACUUUUAUCAGAAGUUACAGAAGCGUUACCGAUGGUUUAUAUGCUAUGUGCAUUAGUUUAUCUUUUUAAUCUUUGUGCUGGCAUACGAAGCAUUUUUCCAUUAGUUGGGCCAUCAGUAACUACUUCAAACGAUUUGAUUGCUAUCGUUUUGAUAUUGUCUCUCGCGAACUAUACUUCUCCUUUGUUUUUGCAUCAACUAUUUCCGCUUAUAUCUAAAUCCGAGACUCUACCUUUGGUAUCAUACUUUUCGCACUGGGCAUUAUGCUCUAUUGCAUUUCUGCUUUCUAUGUAUUGGAAUUGCUUUAAGUGCAAAGAUAGGUCCAAAUUGUAA